CCUUGCGGCGCCGGAGAGAUGGCGGAGUUGGACCUCGGGCAGCACUGCCAGGUGGAGCACUGCCGGCAGCGAGAUUUUCUUCCAUUUGUGUGUGAUGAUUGCACAGGAAUAUUUUGCCUUGAACACAGAAGCAGGGAGUCUCAUGGUUGUCCCGAGGUGACUGUAAUCAAUGAGAGACUGAAGACAGAUCAACAUACAUCUUUCCCAUGCUCAUUCAAAGACUGUGCCGAGAGAGAACUUGUGGCAGUUAUAUGUCCUUAUUGUGAGAAGAAUUUUUGCCUGAGACACCGUCAUCAGUCAGAUCAUGAGUGUGAAAAACUGGAAAUCCCAAAGCCUCGAAUGGCUGCCACUCAGAAACUUGUUAAAGAUAUUAUUGAUUCCAAGAUAGGAGAAACAGCAAGUAAACGACGGAAAGGUGCCAAAAAUAGUGAAACAGCUGCAAAGGUUGCAUUGAUGAAAUUAAAGAUGCAUGCUGAUGGCGAUAAGUCAGUACCACAGACAGAAAGAAUUUACCUUCAGGUUUUCUUACCUAAAGGGAGCAAAGAGAAGAGGAAAGCAAUGUUCUUUUGCCACCGAUGGAGCAUUGGAAAGGCCAUAGACUUUGCCGCUUCUCUAGCCAGGCUUAAAAAUGACAAUAACAAAUUAACAGCUAAGAAAUUAAGGCUGUGUCACAUUACUUCAGGAGAAGCCUUACCCUUGGAUCAUACUUUGGAAACCUGGAUUGCUAAGGAGGAUUGUCCUUUAUAUAAUGGUGGAAAUAUAAUCUUGGAAUAUCUUAAUGAUGAAGAACAAUUCUGUAAAAAUGUUGAAUCUUACUUGGAAUAGUCAUUCAAAGAUUCAAGUCAGAAAUCACAGGGAAAAUUCUAUUACAUGUUUAAGUCCAUUUCUUUUACUACAAAUACUAUUUUUGUAAUUUUUAAAAGUUGCUUUUUAACUUAUUUCCCCUUAUGUCACAUUUUAAAUUAUGAGUUUUCUAUUAGAGUUUUUUUAUUUUAAGUUUAACUGUGUACGGAUCCUCAAUUAUUAGCAAAUUCUUAUAUUUAAUUAGCUUUCAUUAGUUUAUGCUGUAGUGACAACAACAAAGAUGUAUUUUCUGGUGGGGGAUGUCAGCUGUUGAUUGGCUGUGACACUGCUUUGUGUCAUCUUCUCACCAUGAUCAAAGGCGAGGGAAGGGAUCUCUUUUGGGACAUUGUCAUUGUUUUAGCAGAGACAGAAAGAGAUGAAAUACACCUCAGUUUUCUCUUAAAAGAUGCAUGUAUCAUACUUGCUUUAAGCAAGUCAUGUGGCCAAGCCUGGCAUCAUGGAGCCAGAAAGUAUAGCCUUGCUGUCUGUCUACAUCAUGAUGUAUUAAUUGAUAUAUCUAUAUGAAUUAUAGAAACUUAGAGGUCAUCUUUAUUCAGUCUUAUAAUUUUUACAUGAAGAAUCUUAGGCCUAGGAGGAGAAAAUGAUUUUCUUUCUAUUACCUAACUAGAUUGGGGCAUAUUUCUGAUAAAGACCCACCUCUAGUGAGAUUCAUCUUUUUUGUUUCUGUGACUGUAUUCCACAUGAGAAGAAAGAUGGGAUAGCUCAACUUCAUUAUAUACCAAGGCAAAACACAUGCCAAAUGAUGACUACAUUUUACCAACAAAUUUAGACGAGUAUUCUCGACUAGUGUUUACUAUCUGUAUCCCCAAAACUACUACUAUAUAGACAGAAUAGAAAGUAUUUCUGUUUGUCCUUUUUUUGUUUUCUGUUCUAAUUGUCAGGGACAUAGGUAGUGGCUAUAGGUUUACUUAAAAGGAAUAAACUUGGAAUGCUCAUUUGGUUUAUUUCCUUUCUAAUUCUUCAUAUUAUUUUUAUGUGAGGAAUGGAGAUAAUUUCCGACUUU